AUGAACGGCUCGUCACUGCCGCCGAGCAGGCCGUCGAGCGCCGACCCGCACCAGCAGCGAAAGCGGGUCACGCUCGUCGACCCGCCGUCGCCGCAUCCCAGCAAGAAGGCUCGGCUUGACAGCGAUGCGCCUGUCAAGGACGAAGAUGACGACGACGAGAUGGACGAGGCUGCUAGGAAGCUCGAUUCCUUCCGCAAGGAGGCUAUCUUUCGCGAGAUGCUCUCAUACAAGCGCCAACUCUCUCGCGCUCUUUCCGAUGCCGACGCUCUUCGCAGCCAGCGAACCGCCUACGAGGUCCGUCUGAGCCGCGUCGAGUCGGCUUGGCAGGCACUCGUCGCGGAAGCCGACCUCAUCCUCCCUUCCACUUCGUCCUCGACUUCCGGAGGCAGUGCAGACUCUGCCUCUUCGCCUCCCCUCACAUCCGCCAGCCUCGCCGACGAAGAGCUCGACGAGGCGCUCUCGCACCGCAGCGCCGCGACCAAAUCCCUCCUCUCCCGCCUCCAAUCCCUCCACCCUUCUUCCGCCUCUCCCGCCGCUUCCGACCUCGAAGACAAGUGCCGCGCCCUCCACGCCGAGUCCCUCCAGUCCCGCGAGGCACUGCGCAUCCUUCGCGCAGCGCAUGAAGAGACCGUCGCGCAGCUGGAAGAGACGCAUGCCGCGCUCGUCCGCGCCGAACGCAAGUUCGAUCGCUACCAGAGCGCAACGGUCGCUGCGAUCGAGGGUCGAGCAGAUCCGAAGCUCGCGGGUGCUGCGGGACCGAGUGGAGCAAAGGCGGGAAGUGCGACGCCUCAGCCUGCAUCGGGCGGACAGAAUCCGCUCGUGAACGGCCUGAAGCGCGAGCCUAGUACAACCGGCGCAGAGGGGACGGGAGAUCCACCCCCUUCGACGGGGGUCGUGACGGGCCAGACCGAGGCCGAGGCGGCGGCUGUCAAGGAGGAGAUGGACGAGUUGCGAGGAUUGGUUGAGAAGAGGGCGAAGGAGCUGGAGGAGUUGCGGAGCGAGCGCGUACAGCUCAAGCUCGAGAUCGCCAACCUCAAGGGACAGCGCGUCAACCUGCCUGACGACGUUGUCGCCGAACAAGCGACCUUCAAGCUCAUGCAGCAGCACGUUCAGUACCUGAGCGGUCUCUUCGAGACUAAGCAGUCUGAAGCGAAGCGAGCGACGGAAGAGGCGGAGCAGCUGCGCGAAGGGAUGGAGUCGUUUCGCGAGACCGUCUUCCGCGACGCGUCCGAACAGGUCACCGAACUGCAGAACCGCCUCACCUCGCACGAAUCCGACCUUUCCCGCCUCCGUGCAAGCCGAGACGAGCUCCGAGCAGAAACUGCCGAGCUGCGCGCGAAGGAGACGGGCAACUCGCACUCGCUCGACGAGUUGCGGAAACUCGCCGAAGCGAGGAAGGUCCGUCUCCAGGCGUACGCGAGCGAGUUGCGUCGGAUCCGACUUGGAAAGGCGGCGGAGCGAGGGGAUGUCGAGAACGUGGAUGUUCGGCUCAAGCAGGCUGAGGCGGCGGAAGACGAGGAAUUCGAGGAGGGCGAAGUGCAGGUCGGCGAGGACGAAGUCGUGACGGACCUUUCGAACCGGCUGAAGAAGGCCGAGGGCCUCCUCCUCGCGUUGCGGGACCAGCUACAUUCGUAUGCGGGCUCAGCAGGCGGGUUGUCGGCUCCUUCGGCGCGCGAUCUCGUCGACAGCGAGACGAGGGCUCGGGCGGACUUGGCGGAUGCGCACAACCGCGUCAUGAAGCUUGAGGCGAUCCUCGGUCCGGGUGGGAGGGCGGACGUGCGCGAGAUGGCGGAAAAGCUGGAGGAGAAGACGCACGAGUUGAAGGUUGCGCAGGCGCAGGUCAAGAGCCAGGAGGCGGCUGCGAACAUGCUCUACGGCGAGAUUGACCGACUCUCGACGGCAUGGGCGACGCUCGACGAGCAGAACGCGUCCAAGGUGUUCAACCUCGCCGCGCUCGAGGAGAAGUUGCAGCGCCUGAGUGCCGAGAAAGCCAAGUCGGACAACCACUACUUCGCGUCGAUGCGGCAGGUCGACGCGCUCAAGAACGAGAACGCCGUCCUCAACAAGCUCGCCGAGAAGCAGCAACAGAAGGUUGAAGCCGCCGCCGAGCUCCACCGCAGCAUCGCUCAGCAACUCGCCGCCGCCGAGAAGGAGAUCACGGUGCAGCAGAGCAACGUCCGCGCGCACCAGGACGCCAUCCUCAAUCUCAAGCGCGAGAACACCGAGCUUCUCCUUCGCAGCGAGCAGGAGACGAAGCAGGUUGCCGAGCUCAACAAGCUUCUCGCCGAGCGGGUGCAGCAGGCCGAGAACGAGGCGGCGGCGCACAAGCGGGCCGAGGAGCAGCUCGACAAGCUUCAGCGGCAGGUUGAGCAGGCGCAGGCCAAGGCGUCGAGCGCGGCAGCUGCGGCGAGCGGCGUGUCCGACCCGGCAGAUAUCCGCGACCUCAAGAAGUACAACGCGGAUUUGACGCACAUGCUCAAGUGCUCGUCGUGCAACGUCCGGUUCAAGAACACCUGCAUCACGCGCUGCGGACACAUGUUCUGCCGCGAGUGCGUCGACGCCCGCAUCAACACGCGCCAGCGCAAGUGCGGCAACUGCGCCAACCCGUUCUCCAAGGACGACAUCCUCUCGGUCUUUUUCUAG